CUUCUUUCCCUCCUUCCAUCGCCCGUUUCCGAACUCCUCGUUAUAUAUACCCCUCCUCUCCACCUCUCGAUCUCUUCCUCCGUUCUUGCGGCCUCGACGAAGGCUCGAUCGCGGCGGAAGCUAAAGGAACUACCUCUUCUGUGAUUGUACAUUACGACCUGUUGAGAAGGGAGCCCUUGAAGUUUUCUUACCAAGGGAAUCCUCAUAUCAUGAAAUGGCAAAAAGUGGACCAUCCAAUUUUUCUCAUGUCGAGCUGGAUGGCCAUGAAUAUAAUGGGUCUAUUCGAUAUUUUUCAUGGAAGGAAAUUGAAGAAAUGUCUUCUUCUCGGACAGAUGGCAUUGAUCUAAAGAAAGAGAGAUCACUUCAGGCAUCGUAUUGCAGAUUUUUGCAGGAAUUAGGCAUGCGGCUGAAAGUACCUCAGACAACGAUUGCGAUUGCAAUGGUAUAUUGUCAUCGGUUUUUCCUUCAACAGUCCCAUGCCAAAAAUGAUAGGAGGAUUAUAGCAACAGCUUGCAUGUUUAUUGCAACAAAAGUUGUGGAAUCUUUUCGCCCAUUGAGGGUUAUCAUUCCUGUUGCCUAUGAAAUCAUGCAUAAGGAUGGUACUUUGGCUGCACUGAAAAUCAAGCAGAAGGAAGCAUAUGAACAGCAAAAAGCACUCAUUCUGCUUGCGGAGAGGGUUGUUCUUGUUACACUUGCUUUUAAUUUUUCUGUGGCCCUUCCAUAUAGACCCCUGGUUGAAGCAAUAAAGAAAUUCAAUGGUGCAGAAAAACUCUUUGCACAAACUGCAUGGAAUUUUGUGAACGAUGUGCUGCGAACAUCACUCUGCCUGCAGUAUAAGCCCCAGCACAUGGCAGCGGGUGCCUUCUUUCUUGCUGCUAAGUUUGCUAAAGUGAAGCUCCCAUUUGAGGGCGAAUUCUGGUUGCAAGAAUUUAAUAUCACUUCACAGGAGUUGGAAGAAAUUACUGGUCAGAUGAUGGAGCUGUAUGAUGUAAGGCGUCCUCUUGCAAUUGCAUGUGAAGGAAGCAGUGGCAAUCGGCAAUAAGCAUGAUCCUUCCAUAACAACGAGUUAAACUGCAGGUGGAAACCUGGUAUUGGGUGGUGGUCAUUCUCUGGCUGUCGUCGUGGCUGAUACUGAAGCUGCUCCACUGCCUGCUCGGUAGAUAAUUGCCCAAUGUAGCAAGCAGAUUGGACUAUAGAGAAGCACAUUAGACUAACAUAAGGACAGCAGAUGUGACAGUCAGGAUUGAGUUUUGAAACAGCAUGAUAUUUGUUUUCUGAUCGCAUUCAUACCUGUCGGGUGUGAGCCGCCAUUGUACCAAAAAAAAAGAAGAAAAAAAACAAGCAUGAUAUGGCUAAGCUUGUUGAUGCAGAAUGUGCUGUUGGUUCCAGGGUAAAGUGGGGAAGAUAGUUUGGAAAAAUUUGAUUUCAGGCAGUUGGAUUUCUUUGGCAUUUUCGUUUCAGCUAGAACAAGUUUUCCUCGAGGGAGCAUCGUUCAGGUCAUCAUGUGAAGGUAAAAGAAAGAUAGCCCGUGUUUGAUCGGAUAGCUAAGACACAAUGCAAAUAUAGAAGAAACAAUGUUUUUCAUGUCUCUGAUUAAAGUUGAUCAGAGUCUAAAAUGUAGACAGACUCGAGCAUUUUCGACUGCUCAAGUAAUACAAAUUUGCAAUUGGUUUGCCAUGCAA